AUGCUCUCCCUCCUGCCUUGCAAGAGGGCAGCCGGACUUGCGAGCGUACUGGAGCCGCAUAAGUGGUUGGAGACGGAGUGGCACGGCAUUGAGCUCAACAUUCGUCGACGAAGCGGAGGCGAAGGGUGGGAGGUAGUAGUCAAGGUAGGAAGCGUGUGGAACGGGGUUGCAAGAAAUGGCAAGAGGGACUUCUCCAUGAGCAAGAUCAUGGGGGAGCCGCUACGCUCGACUUGCCCGCUUGCUAGUAGCAGCUUUGUCACUCUUGUGGCUCCGCAGGAUGGGAGCGACUUUACUGCUGAACCUUUGCAGAUUGGCGCCUUCAUCGAGGCGGACGCGCAAGGACAGCUGCGCUACGACACUGCCUCCUUCCUUUCUACCGCACCCGACCUGGACGUCUCCCUCCAAUGGCUCAGCGAAGAGAAGUUCAAUUACAUUGCCGAGCGGCUCGUCCUUCCGGCACCCUCCUCUCUGUCCUCUCCAAGCCUCGGCGUACGUCGCUCCUUCAUCUCGUCCUCCGCCCUCAGCGGGACCCUGCAACUCCACCUCACCAAUCCCCGCCCAGACACAUCUCGUCGGCUCAUUUACAGGGACGUCCUCCCCUGGUUCCUGGACUUCUCCCUCCCUACCUCGCACUCCGUCACCACACUCCAGCCUCAAGACCCCAAUUCGCCGUACAUCCGCUUCGAGUCAGACGAGAAGCGCGAUGCGGUUCGAAGGGUGAGCUACACGCCCUCCGCGCCCAGGAGAGGCCCUGCGGUACUGGAGUUGGAACUCGUCGUCCCGCCUGCCAGUGAAGUGACGUGGAGUGUAGAAUUUGACAAGGAGACGCUGCGCUAUGAGGAGCACCCACCCGAUGCGCAUCGCGGUCUCGACGUAGGCGCUGCGACUGGCACUGCACGACCGCCUCGCCCUUUGCCGGGGAGGGUGUGGAAGACCCAAGUGGGGCUCAUCGAGGUGGCAGUGCCCGACUUCUCGAUGCCCUACAACGUCAUCAUCUUCACUUCGACGAUUAUUGCCUUGUUCGCAGGAAGCGCGGUGAACAUUCUUACGAGGAGAUUCACGGAUGUCGAGGUGCCGCCGGAUCUCGUUAGUGCGGCAGCUGCGGUGGUAGGCGUAGCGAGUAAGAGGCUAAAGGGCAAGGAAAAGGCGAUGUAG